AUGGGAGCUGUGUCGGCUUGCACUCAAGGAAUCUCACGAUAUCUCUUUCGAGUGUGGAAUGACGAAAGCGCUGGCGAAAACACCGAGGGGCACUUUAAGAGUGAACGUGAAAAGCAAGGUAUGUGUGCUGACCUAGAGGUCAUGAGCGAAGUAGACAUCAAGGAGAGUCUGCUCGGGCACAUGGCAAACAGAAAACACAACUUCCGAAGUCCCUGGAUCUCAUUCGCGACAUCACCCAUCUGGGUCUUCUCCAAAGCUCUCGGGCUUUUCGAGGAAGGCCGCCAGAAUCUGAGACUUGCCAUUAUCGACACCUGGAAUCUCGGCGAGGGUGCACAUAUUUUUCACACCGGAGCCCUGCUCAAGGCUUACAAUGUCGAUCAAGACAUGGUUUACGCCAACAUGGGCGAGCCCAUGGUGUUGGCAUGGAAACAACUGCGAGCUCCGACGACAGUUAUACGUCUAGAUGAAUUCUUGCCGAGUGUUUUGGAGACGGGGUACCUUAAGCCUGGGUACUUGAGAUUGCAACCAUUCCAUUACAAGCCGUUGGACUCCGAGUUUGCCAAUAAUCUCAGCGCCAAAGGGAAGAAUGCAGCAAAUCGUAGGAAAAAGAAACCGUGGAGCCGUCUACGUAAAACAUGGGAGAUCAGGCAGAAGACUUUUCCAACCCAGUCCACCUUCGCGGCAUUUCAGGAAACAGCUCUCGAACAGCAAGCUCCUUGGAGGUUCCAGAGGAGACGCUUUGCCGGCAGAAUGUCCCAAGGGAAGCAACCCGGCCGGAAGACUGAGAAUUUCCGGGCCCCAAUGGCACCAUUCCAGUUGGAUGAGUACGUUGAGUUUCUGAAGAGAGAAGUCAAAGAGAUCGAACUUCAGCUGCCAUUGUUGAUAGCUCUACUCUCGACGCGCACGGCGGAGGUGGAAUAUGACUCUAUUCUCGACAGAAUACAAGAAUUGGGGCGCGACGAUCCGAUGGUCCGGGCUCAUAAACAGUGCAUUGUUCGGGACUGUUCUUCCACCGACCUCCCAGAGUUGACAACGUUCGAGAAACUGUUUCGAGACGCCAGUGAAAGGCUGGGGAUCCCGGUUGUCGCGAACCCAGGCCUCCGAAAGUUCUGGGUCCUGACGUCUCGGCACACGGAAAUUCCUCAACUUCAGGAGGACAGCGAGAAGAUCUUGGACAUGGUCGAAGCUCGAGAAAGGCGGUGGGCGAGGCUCAAGGACGAGAAAGCCCGUCGAAAAGAAGCCGAAGAGGCCAAUGCCAAUACGUGUGGGGAGCCGGAGCCGCGGAAGAGGCGCAAGAUCCAAGCGACCAGCCUGUUGUCGGAGGAGCUGAAGAAGCUGGCCAACGAAUCAUGCAGAGGUUUGUUUUACAGACAGGAGGCUCCAGAAGGGCAACUCUCACUCGCCAACUCGGCCCCGUGGGUCUUCUGCGCCGAGCGUUUGUGA